UCUCCGCGCUGCACAUGACGCCUUCUUUUCUGAGCGUUAAAUAAAUGUUUGCUCAAACGCCGUGCUGUUUUCAGUUACCUUACGCGCAUUACGUUUUUAAGUGUAUGAGUCAAUCAGUGACAAUGUGCUCCAGUUUGUUGCAAUCGUUCCAGCUGAGACCUUUUUUUUUCUUCUGUAAAAUAUCCUGUUGUCUAAUAUCUCACAGUUUCACUCUCGAAAAUGCUCUACCUCGCAGUCGAGUGAUUCAUUUUCACAUUCACGCCUUCCGAAUCAUUGAAAAGAUCCGGUUCAUGUCCGUGAUUCGCUCAAGAAUCGGAUACCACUAGCCAUGUCGCACUCAUAACUCUUCAUUAAAAGACUACACGCACACUCUAGCAGUGAAUCUCGCCGGAGUUCAAGAAGACGGAGCCCAGCGCAGCAGACAUGGCUAUGCUCACAACAGAUCCUCAAACUGAUGUGAUCGAUGCUGAAUAUGAGGACUUCCUCUGCCCCGUGUGUCUGGAGAUAUUUAUCUCUCCGAUGACCACAGACUGCGGACAUACAUUCUGUGAAAGCUGCCUUAAGGAGUGCUUGCGGCCUCAGAAACCUGUGUGUGCAGUCUGCAGGUCUGACCUACACAAGUGGAAAAAAGCAGAUGAUGUACAAAAUGAGAUGAAAAGAUCAAUCGGAAAGUGCAAAGGCUGUAAAAAUGAGGUUCUUUUGUCUGACAUGAGAACCCACACAGGGGUUUGCUCUAAAUAUCAAGACUUUAUCAAGGAAGGCAUGAAGGCCAUUUCAAAGAACCAGCCUUCCACUGUCAGUUCCGUGCCAAACCGUUAUACGUUCACCUGUCCCUUCUGUAGCAAACAGAACUUGGACCAGGAUGGUCUGGUGGAGCACUGCACCUCAAAACACGCACAUGACCCGCGUCCAGUGGUGUGUCCGAUAUGUGCCUCAAUGCCCUGGGGCGACCCUAAUUACAGGAGCGCUGACUUCUUUCAGCACCUCAGAAUGAGACAUGCUUUUUCCUAUGACACCUUUGUGGAUUACUCCACAGACGAGCAAGCCAUGAUCCAGGAAGCUUUACAGCGCUCUCUCAUGGAAAACUGAUGCGAGGAACAUAUGGAUCCCCAGCUGAACGCCACCAAAAAUCAAUGCUUAUGCUUACAAAAAGAAAGAAAUACAUUGGGAUUCAGGGCUAUUGUGAUACACAGUAUAUUAUUCUACACACACUAAUGUUGGUCAGGCCAAAGUUCCUAUUGGUGUAAUUUUGGAGAUUUACUUAUUUAAACGGAGUCAUAUAUAACAUAUAUUCAUAAAUAAAAUAUUCCCAUAUACAUUCUUAGCUGUCAAAAUACAUAAAUAUAUACUUGCCAUUUAUAAUUAAUUCAAAUUAUAUAACUGAUUUGUGUUUCUAUAGUAUAGUUUGCGUGGCAGAUUGUCAGAUUUUGUGGCACUGGAACCGAAUAGCCUGAUAUAGAUACAUAAGGUGAGUCUUGUCAGAAGCUUUUAGGGUAGAAAAUAUUGAUAUUCAAUCAUUAAGGUCAUUGUUUUGAGUGUGUCCGCUAAUUCAGAGGUAAUUUAGAGGAAGCAAAGGAAUAAGCUUUUUCUGUUGGUGUGUUCUGUAUUAUGUGAUGCUUUUAAGAAGCAGUUCAACUGAACCCUUGUUAGAGCUGUGUUUCACUGUGUUCAGCUAUGUACUGAAAUGAGUUUGUUCAAACCAGUAGGGGGCAGUAUUGUAUCAUUAGUCCACCACAUUGUUUAUUGUCUCUGUGCUCUCUGACCCAAGCAGUGCUCACUUAGUGUAGCUACUGACAAGUACAUGGCUUGAUCUGACUGUGUACUGAUAGACUCUGCCCUUAAAGGGAUAGUCCACCCCAAAAUGAAAAUCUUGUCAUUAUUUACUCUCACUUUGUUGUUCAAACCCUGUAUGCAUUUAUAUUCUGUGUGGAACUCAACAGAAGAUAUUAUGUACAGAAAAUAUGUACUAAGUUGUUUUGGACCACACUGACUUUCAUUAUAUAGAUAAAACAGAUCUUCUUCUGUGUUUUACAGGAGCAGGAGUCAUUCAGGUUCAGAAUGACAUGAGAUGAUUUGCAUUAUGGGUGAACUAUUCCUUUAGGCUCUUAAUACAUUCAUGUAACCCAGUAGAGGGCGUUAGUCGAACUGCACAUAGCAGUUUUAUAAUACCGUAUUGGCCCGAGUAUUGGCCCGAAUAUAAGACGACCCUGAUUAUAAGACGA